AUGCUGAACUUUGAAGCCGUAAGAAGCGCAACAAAUGAUGUGGCCACUGUCGACGCAAGUACCACACCGAAAAGCAUGCGCUCGCAAUCCGCCAGGCUCUUCAGCAAUACCUUGUCCGCCCAAAGGACCAUUCUUGCAAAACCCACGCUUGCACGAACCUACGCCAUCCAAGCUGGAGGAGCACCCAUCGCCGAGGUCUUCGACGCCAACGCAAAAUGGCUACACAAAGAACGAGCAGCUAGCAAUAUCCAAAAGAGUCGACAAGUGGAUUAUCUAAGAGACGAGGUGGCUAUAAGACUAUGCGAUCGAUUGUUGGACAUCAAGCGAGACUUCCCUCGAGUGCUGGACUUCGGUGCCAAUGCUUGUAACAUUGCCCGUACACUUACGAGACCGGAUCCAGAUGACCAUUCUGCGAAGCCCGUCACGGAGCCGAUCAGCUCGAAGAUAGGCAAUAUUGUCUGCGCGGAUACCAGCGAGGCACUGCUGUACCGAGACCAAGACCUGCCGUUCAACAAGGACAUCGACAUCACCCGCCAUCUCCUUACCAGCCCGGAGUACCUCCCCUACGAGUCUAAUGUCUUCGACUUGGUUCUGUCGUCGCUAUCCAUGCAUUGGGUGAACGACCUACCCUCUGUCCUGGCGCAAAUCAACAACUGCCUUAAACCAGACGCAGCCUUCGUAGGCGCCAUGACCGGUGGAGAUUCCUUGUACGAGCUACGCGGAUCCCUGCAACUAGCCGAACAAGAACGACUUGGCGGCAUAGGCACGCACAUGUCGCCUCUAGCAGACGUGAGAGACGUUGGCAACCUCCUCAGCCGCGCCGGCUUCAAGCUGUUAACCGUAGACGUCGACGACAUCAUCGUCGACUACCCGAACGUCUUCGCCCUCAUGUCUGACCUCCAAGCGAUGGGCGAAGCGAACGCUGCUCUGCGACGAGAGCCCGGGGCGAUUAGUAAGGACGUCCUGCUGGCUACUGAGAGCAUAUAUCGGGAACUGUAUGGCGAGCAGCAGGAGGAUGGCACGAUGACUAUCCCGGCUACAUAUCGGACGAUUUAUAUGAUUGGCUGGAAGGAGAGUGCGGAUACGCCGCAGCCGAUGGAAAGAGGGACGGGGCAGGCGAAUUUGACUGAUAUUCUUGGAGGUGGUGGCAGGAUUGGGUGA